GUGUUUACAUCCUCCUCUCAGCUGUUCCUUUCUUCCUCUACUUGGACUCUAAAGGCUCGUCGCCGUCUCUAGUUUACCAGGUUAGUUCCGUUAUCUAGUCGUCAGCCUCUUCUCGGGGCUGUCACCGUCUGAAAGUGGAAACUGUCACUCUCCGCCGCAUUGCUCGCUGCUUCCACUUACCAGGAGUGAGUGAAUGCGACAUUGUCACUUGCUCCCCGGACAUGAACGUCAUCUGAACUGACAUUCGAGGAGUGACAGCGGCAGGAUCGUUCAGCCAGCCGUUCACCUCCAUGCCACUCUGAGGAGGCAGCGCUCACCCUGAGUACCAGUUCGGCCCUUGUGUUUCUCUUCUCGUUUUCGCCAUGGGGGGAGCUGUGAGCGCCGGGGAGGACAACGACGACCUGAUUGAUAACCUGAAGGAGGCCCAGUACAUCCGCACGGAAAAAGUUGAGCAGGCUUUUCGGGCCAUAGACCGUGGGGACUACUACCUGGACGGGUAUCGGGACACUGCCUACAAAGACUUGGCGUGGAAGCACGGGAACAUACACCUGUCUGCCCCGUGUAUAUACUCCGAGGUGAUGGAGGCCCUCAAACUGCAGCCGGGGCUUUCUUUCCUCAAUCUGGGCAGUGGGACCGGUUACCUGAGCACAAUGGUCGGCCUCAUCAUAGGGCCAUUUGGGGUGAACCACGGAGUUGAGCUCCACAAGGAUGUCGUUGAAUAUGCCAGAGAGAAACUGGACAGUUUCAUUAAGAACAGCGACAGCUUUGAUAAGUUUGAGUUCUGUGAACCCCUCUUUGUGGUGGGGAAUUGCCUUGAAAUCUCAACAGACAGUCACCAAUAUGAUCGCAUUUAUUGUGGCGCUGGAGUGCAGAAGGACCAUGAAAAUUACAUGAAAGUGUUGCUCAAAAUUGGAGGCAUUCUGGUGAUGCCCAUAGAGGAUCAGCUGACCCAGAUAACCAGGACUGGCCAGUGCACAUGGGAGAGCAGAAACAUCUUAGCGGUGUCCUUUGCCCCCUUGGUCCAGCAGAGCAGAGGUGAUGGAGAAAAGCCUGACACCGUCCAGCUGCCCCCAGUGACUGUCCGCAGCCUUCAGGACCUCUCCCGGAUCUACAUUCGCCGCACCCUCAGAAGCCUCUCCGGCGAGGACAGUCAGGGGAAGGGCAUGGUGCAAAGGGUCCCCCAGAAGCGCAAGCGCAGGCGCUGUCGGCGGCGGCGCAUCAACACUUACGUUUUCGUCGGAAAUCAGCUCAUCCCCCAAAUGGUGGAGAGCGAAGAGGAGGAGCACGCCGAGGAAGAACACAAGGAAGUCGAGGAGGAGGAGGAAAGAGACAUUGGCGACAUUGAAAUCCUGAAGCAAGUGAACGUGUUGAGAGACCAAAUAAUGUCUUUGCCUCUGCCCGAGUCACUGAAAGCAUACUUGCUGUAUUACAGAGAGAAAUGACUGAUUCACUCGAUAUCCAUUCUUGACGGGUGCAGCGCCUGCUGAAAUGCUUUUCUCCACCCUUUCUUCAGUACAAAUGUAGCAUUAUUUCCAUUUAAUCUUGAUGGCAAAACAGUAACUGAAAGAGACGUCAUAGAUAAUUUUGGAUAAUAAUGUUAUGAUUGUCAUGAGUGUUAGUUUUUGUUAUUUCCUUUCGAUUUGUAUAUCAAACAAAAAAAAAAUGUAUAAAAAAAAAAUUCUAAAUGGACUUAGUUUCAGGAAGACAUUUUUAAUUUUAUCACAAUGUCAGGAUUUCUGCCUGAGUGCGCAGAAUAAAAAUUGUAUAAAGAGAAAAAAAAAUAAAAAAAAUCAAGGAGUUCUUACUAUAUUUGUUAAAAUAUGAUCAUGCUGAAAAUGAGACUUUUAUUGCACCUUUUUUAGAAGCUUUAACUGACUCUCAGUGUCUCGUGAUUAAAUGAUGCUGAAAGGAGCAAAUAAGGCCACAUCCUCCCACGUUGAGUUAGAGACGUUAUUGCAGAAUCAUGAAAGGGCCUCUUACUAAUAUUUCGUGUGUUUUAUACCUUCCUAUGGUCACUGAUUGGUUCAUAAUUUUUUCUACGGGCCAACCUUUAAUGUAACUUUUUCUACAGGGUGCUUCUUGUUUUCUCACCAUGAGUAGCCGUCGUGUACUACUGAUGCUACCGAUGAGGUGUUGUAGGCUCCGUUCUCACCACGAACUUCUCCCAAAGUUUAAUUAGUCAUAUCGGAGAUUUAAAAAAGAAACAGAAACAGCUCUUUUUUUAUGUACAGGGGAACUGGUAAAGGGGUUAGUCAAUAUGAGCACAUGCAUGAAUAUAUUGUAUAUGUCCUGACUUUUGCUUCACAUCUUCUGGCCGGUCACUGGAGGUGAUGUCCCAAGUGAUCAUGUUUGGAAAUGUUUCUUUUUACGAUAUGAGGACUUAGAGAUGUUCAAUCAGUUAGAUGGCCUUGAGACAAAUCAAUCUUCUGUAUAGCUUUUUCUUUUUUUUUUAAAAAAAAAAAAAAUCAACUGCAAUGCAAAAUCGGACGCCUUUUUAUAUCUCGGGACAAUAGACGUGUCCAACAAAGCACCUUAAUCUGCAAAGUAAAAAAGAAAUUGUAUUGCGGACUAAUGUAAGUACAACUUGCUCGAGGAGCCUCUCCGAUAGUGAUGGCUUUUUAAAGUGCCAACGUACCCCAUCACACUAGGGAGUCCGCGAGUUUCUCCGGCACAGCAAAUUUACCCAAACGACGGUAUAUUUCUACAGAAACAUUCCUCAGUGGAUGGGGGGGAGGGGAGAAAAAAGUAAACAGCACAUGACUGAUCUGAUAGGUUGCCAUUAUUCUUCACCACCACAAAGUUCCUUCAUCUUACUUUUGAAUGCAUCAUUUCCCAAAGCUGAAUGUUGUUGAUAUUAAUUCUAUUCGAUAUAAAAAGUGAUAAAUAUAUAUAUGUAUUGUUAACAUAUGAUUCUGCUUAAUGUUUGAGUUGCAGUUGAUUUGUCGUAGCUCCCUCUUGCUGUACUGUAUCUUGACACUGGGAACUCUGUAGAUCAAAACUCCACUGCUGUCUGUUAAAUAGAUAAGAUAUAUUAGUGCUAUAGGUCUUCAUUUUGUUCUGGUGUAAUGAAAUAUAUAUAUAUUUUUUUUUCUUUUGGUUUUAAAACACGGGGAUGAUUAUUCUGUUAGUAGUUUUUGUGUGUGUGAAGAGGUAACAUUUAUUUUCCGUAAGGUUUUAUUAUUUUUUAUUUUUACAGUUAUUUCAGAGCUUUUGCAAGUAAGCAAUAAUGGAAUCAUUUCUCAGUUUAUAAUUACCAAUAACAACAUAGUCCCAUUUGAUUUCAGCGUAGUAUCCAUUAAAUUUCACAUGACCAAUUACAGCCCAGCAACAGUUUAUAUACCAUUAUCUGAACUGUAAUUGCUAAUUAGAGAGCGCAUUAAGUAUUGAAAGCAGGGGACCUACAACCUCGACUCUCAGGUCGCGCCUUGCACCAAAGUUAAUGGGACUGCUGUGAUUACGUUUAAUGCGAGACGAGAUUCGACUACAAAAAUGGCACCCGGUGAAGUCGUAACCGAUUUCCCCCGCUCUUAUUCUGAGUUAAUUUGUUAAGAGCCAGAACGGUUCUGCUCCCGAGGUUUGGUUUCUCAUAGUGUGUUGCAGUUCAUUUGGCAAAUGUGUUGUUUCUCCGUAAAUGUUUGGCACAAAAAAAAAAUAAAGGUCACGAUCACA